CAUUCCAGCGAUGAUUCCCUGAGCUCGUCCCAUGGAGAAGAAGUCCUGCAGUGUAUUCCUGCAGCCCGGCGCUCCGGUCAUGUCCUUCUUCCCGCCGGAGAGUUCCCAGCCCGUGUGCGAUUGGCUGAGUGGCCUCCGGCUCGACCAGUACUGCCCGGCCUUCCAGGAGGCGGGGCUGGGAACGCUGUGGGAGUGUCAGGAUCUAAGCUCCGCCCAGCUGCAGCAGAUGGGCGUGGCUCUGCCCGGCCACAGGAAACGGAUCCUCGGCAGCCUGCGCAAGCUCCUCCCCUCGGCGGCGGGAACGGAGGAGGACGAGGAGCGAGAGGAGGACAGGCCCGUCGCCCGAGAGAGGACCAAAUUCAGAGCGUCGGAAAACAGCGUCGCAGGUAGACGCCCGCCUCCCGUCCCGCCUCGAGUCACGCCCAAUCGACCCCCCGUUCCCUUCACGCCCGGAUCGGUAACCAUGGCGACCGCUCCUGAGCCUAUCAGCCUCCCUGAACAAAAGGAAACGCCCACACCUGCCGAACAAACCAAGCCCAUCCCAACUCCCAGGCCACGCCCAGAACACCUGCCACUUAAAGGGCCGGCGCAGCAACUCCAGACGAGCGAGAGGAAGCCGUCUCCUGUGUCUCCCUCUUCCUCCUCCUCCUCCUCCUCCUCAUCAUCGGAGCGCUUCCACCUGUAUGAACAGUGUUCAUCUCCUGCUCAGGGAGAAGCGGGCGCUCCUCCUCUUCCUCCUAAGAGCUACGCCGUGGGCGUCUCUAAAGAGCCCAGAGACGGCCCGUACAGACCCCCUGUUCCACCACCUCGUGUCUCCGUCUGCUCCAGAACUACGAAUCCCAGAAGCACGUCAUCCGGAAGCCCGCCCACGUCCAGCGCUCCUGUAUAUGAUCCGUCAGACACGGAUCGAGUCCCAGACGUCCCGCCUCGGAUCAUCAGACCUCCGAACGAGAGCCAAAGGAGAGACGUCCCACCGCCGCCGAACACAAACAAGUUGGAUUCAGAUGAAAGUUCAGAUGAAUAUGACGAGCGCGAGCUCAGCAGAGACGCUAAACUCAUAGACAUGGCCAGCAAGAUGUCCUUGAUGGUUCCCAAGGCAACGAAACCCCGUUACAGCAGCCUGUGCAGCGACGACGAGCUACUAGACGAUGACACCAUCUCUUACGAAUCUGUGUCCCUGAAACGGAGUUCAUGGAUCAAAGAUUUGGGUUCGAUCUCCGGCUCUCAGAGCAGCAUCUACCUGCCAAUCACAGGCCACGUCAGUGCUCCGCCCCCUCGGGAAGACCCCGCCUCCACCAGCGUCCCCGUGAUUAAAGUGGGCUGGCUGGACAAGAAUCCUCCUCAGGGGUCUCUGAUAUACCAGCGCCGCUGGGUCAAACUGGAUGCCGAAUACCUGAGAUACUUCGACACUGAGAAGGUGAUUCUGAUUGUGGAGCGGAGCGAGUGGGUGACAGUGUUGAAGAGCUGUGUCGGAGCGUCUCGCGCACGCACCAGUCUGGAUAUGACCUUUAACCCCUGCGUGAGCUACGAGAUGAAGGGUUACCUGGAGCUGCGCGGCCUGCGCUCCAAACUCUACACGGUGGUGUGUGCGGAUAAAGUCUUCCUCUACAAAAACACAGAGGAUUAUCGUCUGGGAAUCGGCAUCACCUCGAUCGAUAUGAAUGUUGGUAAUGUGAAGGAAGUGGAUCGGAGAGCGUUUGAUCUGACCACACCGUACCGUAUAUUCAGUUUCGUAGCGGAUACGGAUCAGCUGAAGGAUCAGUGGGUGGAGGCCAUGCGCAACUCUAUCGCAGAGGCCUUGUCCAAUUACGAAGUGGCUGAGCGGAUCUGGGCGGAGCCGUCCAAUCAGAUGUGUGCCGACUGCAGCGAUGCCAAACCUGAGUGGGCCGCCAUCAACCUGGCUGUGGUUUUCUGCAAGCGAUGUGCAGGAGAGCAUCGCGGUCUCGGUCCAAGCAUAUCUAAAGUACGCAGUCUCAAAAUGGACAAGAAGGUCUGGAGCGAAGAUCUCAUCCAGCUGUUUCUCGCUCUAGGAAACGAACGAGCCAAUCAGUUUUGGGCGGCGAACGUCCCGCCCAGCGAGGCCUUGACCCUGAACAGCAGCAGCGAGGAGCGACGUCGCUUCAUCACCGCAAAAUACCGUGAGGGCAAAUACCGCCAAUAUCACCCGCUGUUCGGAAACAAGAGAGAACUCAAUAACGUGAGUCAGCAACUCCCGAGGUCAGAGGUGAAGGUCGCCAUAGACAGGGUGCACUACAUGGCCCCGCCCUCCGUCACGCAUAAUGGGUUUCUAUUUAAGACCGCCUCCAUGGCUCGACCAAUCACAGAGAAGAAGGGAAAAGAAGAGUUCAGUCGGCGCUGGUGUGUGCUGAAUGACGGGAAUUUUAGCUACUAUGAAAGUGACAAAAACGCUACUCCGAACGGAGGACUGAAGAUGAAGGAGAUCGUCUGUCUGGCUGUCAACGCUCCCGAGACUCAUGGGUACGAUCACACGUUUGAGCUGUACUCGGAUGCCGAGCGCUUGUAUCUGUUCGGCACUGAUAAUCCCGAGACCAUGGGCGAGUGGGUCAAAUCCAUCGCAAAGUCGUUCAUUCCCGCGGCUGCGGAGGAUCUGUUACUGAAGGACUUCGAGCGCAUCGGCCGGCUGCGUUAUAAAGAUAGACUGAACCGGGAGAUGUCGAGACUGGGCUGGUUCUGUUUGGUGGGCUCCAGCCUGCACAUCCGGCUGGAGGAGCACACCGCAGACGAGACCAUCGACCUGCAGAAGCUCCUGGAGCUCUCGAUCCAGCUGGAGAAUGAGGUUCUGGUUCUGGUGGAGCGAGGCAGGACGGUGUACAUCGAGGGCGAGAGGAAGCUGGAUUUCCAGGGCUGGGCUGCAGCCAUCCAGAGGGCUGCUGGGAGUUCUGGAGACACACUGAGUCAGCAGCAGCUGACGGAGGCCGACAUUCCCGUGAUCGUGGAGCGCUGCAUUCAUUUCACCACUCAAUACGGUCUGACCUCAGAGGGAAUCUACCGUAAGAGUGGCGUGAACAGUAAGAUCGCCGCCCUGCUGGAGGAGUUCAGACGUGACGCCAGAUGUGUUUGGCUGAAGGAAGGUGAACAUCAGGUGGAUGACGUCUCCAACGUCCUCAAGCGCUUCUUCAGAGGCAUCGAGGAGGGAUUGUUUGGCCUGGAGGCGCACAGCUGGCUCAGUGCUACAGUUUUUUCAGAUGAGAGCAGUCGGAUCUGUCAGUAUCGUCUUCUGUUCAGUAACCUUCCCCGAGUCAAUCAG